CCCAACUAUACUAAGAAGCAAAAUUUCCCUCUCAUACACAUUUUUUCAGAAAUUCCUGUUACUAUUAUUUCGAAUUUUUCAUAAACAUUUCGAAUUUUUAAACGAGAAGGAUCAGACAACAAAGAUGAAGAUGUCGAUGCUAUCAACAAAAGCUGCUUGCAACUCGCAUGGCCAAGAUUCUUCGUAUUUUCUGGGAUGGCAAGAGUACGAGAAGAAUCCUUAUGACGAGGUUCGAAAUCCGAAUGGAAUAAUCCAAAUGGGGCUCGCUGAGAAUCAGCUCUCGUUCGAUCUUCUCGAGUCGUGGCUCGAGAACAAUCCGGACGCAGCUGGAUUCAAGCAAGACGGAGACUCCAUUUUCAGAGACCUUGCUCUCUUUCAGGACUAUCAUGGCCUUCCUGCUUUCAAGAAUGCAUUGGUGGAUUUUAUGUCCGAAAUAAGAGGAAACAAAGUUAAGUUUAAUCCUGAUAAUUUAGUCCUCACAGCUGGUGCAACUUCGGCCAACGAGACUCUCAUGUUCUGCCUUGCUGAACCUGGGGACGCUUUUCUCCUUCCUACACCUUACUAUCCUGGAUUUGAUAGAGAUCUCAAGUGGCGAACCGGAGUUGAGAUUGUGCCCAUACAGUGCACGAGCUCGAAUGGCUUCCGAAUCACGGAAUCGGCGCUAGAACAGGCAUAUAAGCAAGCGCAUAAACUCAAUCUCCGAGUCAAAGGGGUCCUCGUCACCAAUCCUUCGAAUCCACUAGGCACGACAUUGAGCUUAUACGAGCUUAAUCUGCUAGUCAACUUUAUCGAGGCGAAGGAAAUUCAUCUGAUAAGCGACGAAAUUUAUUCGGGCACGGCUUUUAGAUCACCGAGCUUCGUGAGCAUUACAGAGGUCCUUAUGGACCGAAAGCUGAUGGAUUCUGAUGUUUGGGAUAGAGUUCACAUUGUGUACAGCCUUUCCAAGGAUCUCGGGCUUCCGGGUUUUCGAGUUGGAGCAAUUUAUUCCAACGAUGAUAUGGUUGUGGCUGCGGCUACCAAAAUGUCAAGCUUUGGAUUGGUCUCGUCUCAAACACAGUAUCUCCUCUCAGCUAUGCUGUCCGAUAAAGAGUUUACUGAAAAUUACAUUUACGAAAAUCAGACGAGGCUUAGGAAGCGUCACGAAAUGUUGGUCUCGGGGCUUAAAAAAACAGGCAUUAGUUGUCUCGACAGCAAUGCGAGUUUAUUUUGUUGGGUUGACAUGCGGCACCUCUUGAGUUCCAAGACUUUUGAUGCCGAGAUGGAGCUUUGGAAACAGAUUGUUUACAAAGUCGGAUUGAACAUCUCUCCAGGAUCCUCCUGUCAUUGCGCGGAACCAGGAUGGUUCCGCGUCUGCUUCGCCAACAUGUCCGAAGAAACUCUUGAGGUAGCCCUGACACGUAUCAAGACUUUCGUCGACUCGAUCACCAUCCCCGACUUCCACCACCACCACCGUUCUCGAAAGUCGCUCACCAAGUGGGUUUUUCGACUAUCGUCUAAAGUCCGCGAGGCAAAUGACCGGUAGUCUUGUGCGACAUUAAUUCACAGAAUCGUUUUUCCUUGUCAAGGCACAUUAAUUAUUUCGUAAUUUAUUCGUGUAGAGUACACUCAAUCCAUGUGGAUUCGAAGUGGCAUUUAAAUUCACCAAUUUCCGCGGCCUUCCAAGCCAAGGCCUCUUGAAAUUGUACACAUUGUUAGCGUGUUGUGUUAUUAAUGACUUAAUUUUUAACAAGUUAUUAAUAACAUUUUUAUAAUCAUAUAAUGUAACUUUUCUUUAGGUGAAAUGACACUUGU